AUGUAUGAAAUUACAAAGAAAAUAACAGGUGCACAUGAAGAAGGUAUCUGGUGUGUAUCAUGGAAAGGUGAUACUGUUGCUACAGGUGGUAUGAGCUCAAAGGUAAAGACUUGGUGCAAGAUUUUAACACUUUUACAUUCAACACUCUCUCUCUCUCUUAGGAAUGCUACAUCUACCAACUUCCUUACAGAUAGAAAGACAUUCACCAAUCAUACAUUGGGUGUGUCUUCAUUGGAUAUAGAUGAGAAUUGUCAAAACUUUGUAACUAGUGGAUUAGAUUCACAUGUAAGAUUAUGGAAUUUAACAGAUAAUACAUUAUCAAAGGAUAUUGAUGUUGGACCACUUGGAACAUGGUCAACAGCAUUUAGUCCAAAAGGAGAUAUAUUUGUAACAGUAUCACAAAAGGGAGCAGUCAAUAUAUGGUCAAGCAAGACAGGCGAUAAAAUUAGAACAUUCCAAACUGGCACUCCAUCCAAAGUAUCGAUAUUGAAUGCAACCUAUUCUCCCAAAGACAAUCAUAUAGCAUGUGCUGGUAGCGAUGGUGUUGUCUCAAUCUAUGAUGUUGAAACUGGCAAAAGAGUCAACAAUUUCAACGCUCAUUCUACAUCUAUUCGUUCGAUCUGUUACUCUCCAGACGGCGCCACUAUAUUUACUGCCUCUGAAGACACCCAAAUACGUAUCUCUGAUCCACUCAGCAGCAGUGGUUCCAUAGCAUCCUUCCAAGGACAUUCAUCUUGGGUACUUUCAGUUGCAUGUUCAAAUGAUGGAAAGAAAAUAGCUUCAGGAUCAAGUGAUCGUAGAGUUAAGAUUUGGGAUAUUUCAACUAGAAAGUGUGAUCACACAUUCCAAGAUCAUGCCGACCAGGUAUGGGGUGUUGCAUGGUCACCCGAUGGAUCUAAAUUGGUUUCAGUUUCUGAUGAUUGUAAACCAUUCAUACAAUUUACUUUACUCAGAAAGAUAGGAGCUGUCAAACAUAUCUGUCAUAGUAGUUAUAGUGGUUGGCAAGAAUAA